ACGGGGAACGUAAGCGGCUGUCUUGAAUGGUAAAAUAUGAGAGGAGGAGAAACAGCAGACACACGCAGACAGACGGACAGAGGGAGACCAUCAGUUAUCCAGCAGCUCAGGAGGAACGGACCCUCGCAGCCAUAACACUAUCAUUAUCAUUUUUUGGAGUAAACACAUCUUCGUCAUCAGCGGCCAUCGCCUCAUUACGCGCAUUCCUAAGCAGGAUCUGCGCAUUUUUUUUUUUUUUUUUAUUCCAAACAGUUCGUUGCUGAUUAAAAAAAUUCCUACACAGUAGAAAAAGAUUCACAGUGAUGUUCGUGCGGCGACUGGUGAAGCAUUUUAUCUGAGUUGUAUUAUUUAAAUUAGAAAAAGUCAAAUGCAAGAGCAGAUCUCCAAACCGGAAUCCAGAAACAUGGAUUCGUGUCUGAGAAGACUGAAGCAAGAACUGCUUUCUAUGAGAGAAGCUGGAGAUGGCCUCCAUGCACAGAUGAAUUCAAUGAUGGGAGCUCUCCAAGAACUCAAGCUCCUUCAGGUUCAGACAGCGCUGGAAAGCCUAGACAUAUCAGGACGCCCAAUUAACAGGGGAAUACCACAUCCUGCUUCAACUGCCCCUUCUCAACUGUUAGGUGCAGCAGCUUCAGGUCUAAGUGGAGAGCACAAGUCUGUCCUGAGACAAACCAUGCCACAGGAGCCUAGCACUAGUCCAGUGCCAAGUCCAAAGCUGUCCUUAAACAGCAGAAACUCCUUAAGUAGGGAGGAUCAGACCUCAUCAAGAAACAGAAGCAGCAUGGGAACCUUCUCUUCUUCAGCUUCCAGUCUGGAGAGUGAGAGCGAAAGUGAAAGUGAAAGAAGUGAAACAAGGACAAGAAGUGAAAACAAUAUUGAGUCAAUACCCAAGAGAUGGUCUGGCUAUACUGCCCCUCAGGUAGACUUUUAUGGACCAAUGGUUGGAAACCCACCACCUCAUUCCCAGGCUCCUCGUCAUGCACAGGUGGUGGAUCUGCCCGGAAUCCUGAACAGCCUCUCCAGAGAGGGGCCUUCCUUGGACAGUGACUACUCCCAGGACAGCGCAGACGAUGCCAGCGACUGGACGUCAUCGCUUAUGAGUCGUAGCCGCAACCGUCAGCCCCUGGUCUUGGGGGACAAUGUAUUUGCAGACCUUGUUGGCAACUGGCUUGACCUGCCUGAGGUGGAGAGAGAGGACGGAGGAGAAGAGGCAAGGAGGAAGAGCAGAGGGGAAAUGACAGUGGAUGGAGGAGAGGACAGACCGGACACACCAGCCCACCCUCUCCGCCUCAGCCGCUCACAGGAGAUCUGUAGGAAGUUUUCGCUUACCACAAACAUUUUCAAGAAGUUCUUGCGCAGCGUUCGGCCCGACAGAGACAAGCUUCUCAAAGAGAGGCCUGGCUGGAUGGCUCCUGAGCUGCCUGAGGGUGACCUCUUCAAAAGGCCCAAGAAAAUGGCUCCUAAGGUUUCAAAAAGCAGCUUUUAUCUGCCCUUCUGGGCGAACGGACAGCAGGGCAAAGGCAGGCCAUGUCCACAUCUAGCCGAGGCAGAAAGGAAACAGCAACAGUAUCAGCCCUUCCCCCAGUUUUACCAGCAACCAUUCCCAAGAAUUUAUUUAAACAGGAGGCAGCCAGGCAUGGGUCUGGAGAAAAGGCAACCCUUGUUUGACUAUAACACAGCUGUGUGGGUCUAACAGUGAGUCUCGAGCCAAAAGACUGCCAACGAUGCCAGACUGACUUUGGGACAGGUGCUGGGGGGACGGGUGGCUGUGAUGGAAGGGAGUGAACGGACAGAUGAAUAAGAGGCUGGGGUAUAAUUAUAUCUUUCAGAAAUUAACUGGUACACUUCCAGCGAUUCCAACACAUGUUCCUCCUACAACUGAGAGAUUGUCAGGGCAACACUUUGUAUGACAAUCGGAGAACCUUGUGUUCUGUGAGUGACUGAAAAUGUGCUGCAGUGUGACUGAGUCUUUUUGUGGAUUUAUGCUCAAGUUUUGUACUUUCAGAUGUUUUCACACGUGUGCAUGUAUGAUCGGAUUGUCUGAUUGUCCCAAAAGAUGGUACUUUGACACAAACAUCCUUCUCAGAAUGUCACCAAAACUUUUUCAAACCUACAAAAGACAUUUUUCAUUGUUACAGUAUGGGACAUGACUCACAUACUUCUGUGCAUCUCUGAAUAGCAACCAGGAGUAAAAUUGCAUUGUUAAAGUUUUCAUACGUGAGACUGUUGACAGCUUUAACUGAAUGCACUGCCACUAAACAGUCCUGAACUUCCUUUUGUUUCCAAAAAGGCUCGGCUAGUCAGGUUUAACUUUACCAGCCUCGCUCACUCUGCUCAGGAAAUAAAAACAGAAAAAAUACAAGAAGACACUGCCACAUUACAGUCAAUCUCAAACGUUAGUAAAGUCUUCCUUGGAUCUAACUUUGCUCAGACUGACAUAAUAUAGUGGAUGUUCAACUCAAAGUCUGCACUAAAUGAAUGCUCUUGAGCUUGGUUUCAUAAUAUACUGAAUGGCUUUUCUUUUCUGUCUAGUUGACAGUUGUUGUUGUUUUACAGAAAGGGGAGGGACUAAAAAUGGCACAGCCAAUUGUGAAUACUGCCUAACCGGCAGCCAUCUGGUAUCCGGUCGUUACUGAAAGCGUGUCUGAAUCUUGAAAAAGUUACAGAACAAGCUUGUUUAAUCCCAAAGCUUUAUGAAUGAACCGGAUGAUGAUGGCAGUGUUACAUAAUGUAUACAAACAGACUUGUAACAGAGCUGAAAUAAUAGAGGGUUGAAAAAAUGACCAGCAGACAUUAAGGCGAGGUGAGGUUAACAAACCUGAUGUAUAGAACUUUGUAUAUAUCUGUCACCAACCAAACAGCAGCAAUAAGAAGCAUUUACUGUAUUUCUCCAUUGCAUGAUUUUCAUUAUUCUGUGCAGAUAUAAAUAUUUAAAAUACAUUCACAUUACAUGUAAAGAAUGCCACAAUACUUGGAUUUACAAUGUUUUAUUUCUGUUGUCAUAAAUAGCAUCAACAUCUACUUUUACAACCCCCCCCCCCCCCCUCAGGAUUACAGACAACACUGCCCACUCUCACUAACUACACUGCUUAUAAUGGAGGACCACUGUUAUGCAAGGACAAUCUGAUGCUCUUUACUUAUUAUGGAGAAAGAAUAUUUCAUUCUGCUGUGUUUUAAAUGGGGUAACAGACUAACCAACUCAGCCAGCAGGGAUUAGGCCUUAGAGGUCUUUUGGGUGUCUUGGCCAGAAGAUCCAUAUGGCGUAUACAGGGACACCCUCACAGAGACGCCACAGAUUCAGCUAAUGCAGUCGCACUAAAAGGCACAGCAGUCAGAGAUGCUAAAUCUCUCAGUUUGUCUUUGUAAAUGGAGCAUUUAUUUCUUCUUGGUAAAAUGUUCUUCAGUAUGAGUUUUUGCGAUGUUGAUAUUUUUCAGCCAGGGUUCUGCGAACCGUUUGUAGUGUUUAUGUGUCUUAUGUGAUGUAAAUUUGUCACUGACUUUCAUAAAUUAAAUCUGUUUUACAGAAAGAAAA